UUGAUUUUUGAAAAAGCGUUGUAGCAUUUAAAUUUGAGGCAUAGACACAUAAACACACAAAUUAAAAUGUAUCUCUUUGACUUUAAUAUUUAAUAACAUAUUUCAAGGAGAAACAAGUAUUAAGAUUAUACCAUUGGACAAUAUUGUUCUAAUAGUUAGUCUUCCCAACACUGUGUUGGAAUGUAACAUCAAAUUCUUUAUAGUAAUUAGUAUCAUAUAAUCACACAUUGUGACUUCAUUAUUCAGUCAGAUAUUACAGAUUUAAUCGCUAAAAUUACGCGCUUCGUUUAGAUUUUGAAAGGAAAGAUUGUCGAGAAAAUAUCUUUGCCGGGAAAAAAUCCAUUGCAAUGGCGGAUAGGAUAAUUAUAGAACAUUCGAGCGAAAGUUAUAGUUCAACAAAUUCUUCAGACAUUGAGGAGGAAGAGUUAGAUUAUGAGAAUCUAUUUAUUAGCGAAUCUCCUAUAAAAGGGACAUUAUGGUUGAGUGACAUCAACAAGUUGAAAAAUCUGACUUUUGGCACACUUGAGAGAAAUGUUAAUCAAAAAAACUUAAUAAAGGAAAUUCUCAAACAAUUCGCAAAGCAGAGCGUAUAUGAAGAUGUGCGAUUAUUUCUUCUAAGACAUAAUUUCUUAAAUAUAGCGACGUAUUUCUUGACAAAUCCACAACCUCAAUUGCAUGAGACAAUUUAUACUUUACAUAUUAUUCUUAAAUUGUGCUGUAUUAAGAAAGUGAUAGGUGACAUAGGCAAAUCCAGAAGUUUUGUUAGAUCAAUUCUGUUAUAUUUACAAAAUUGCAAACAUGAAAAAAUACUGAGAAAAAUUAUAAAAUUAUUACAAUUAGCGACAUGUGAAAUUCAGAUAAAUUUUAAGUCAGACUGGAUAGUUCGUUUUAAGGAAUGUAAAUUUUUUGGAAGGAGAAUAAUGUUCUUACUAGAAUCUUCACAAUGUCGUCUUGGUAGGGAAAUUAUGAAAUUAAUUAAAUAUAUAUCUGAAAUCAAUUUGCCAGACCAUUUCUUGGAACAGCUAUUUAAUAUUGAUACUUUGAUUCCUGCUAUGCAAUUAUAUUACACACACACCCAAGUGGAGGUCAGUGGGUUAGGGUUUUCAAAAGACGUAAAUUUUAUCGAAACUUUUUUACAUUUUCUAAUCAUGCGACAAAUAAGAGUCGGAACUGACCGUUUUAACGUGAUUACAUGGGACGUUGGGAAUAAGGAAUUACAUCAAGAAUUUACACACGUUUAUACCAUGUUUAUAGCAAGAACUGAUAAAUGUAUUGAUAUAUUAUAUUUUAUUAUGAGAAAGUUACUAACAUUUCAAUAUAUCCCAAAAAUAUAUGGAGGAACUACGGAUUACUUAAAUGGUAUCCUGUUAAUGAUUUUAGUCAUUUUAGAGCGAGCAAGAGAACUACAGUUACCAAGAGAAACAUAUUUAUUCUUACCAGAGCUAAAGAAGUUUUUAAGUCUAUAUUGGUUCUGUAUUUUUACACAAUGUACUUGUAAACAUAUUGCUACUAUAGUGAAGAGUUUAAUACCAAAUGAUGUAAUGGCAGAGAACGAGGUUUUUGAAUAUUUGUUUAAUUGGGUAAAAUUAGAUUGCAAUAUGAUACCUGAGUUGCGUGAAAAAAUGCAAAAUGUUCUAAUUGCAUGUCGUGAAAUUCAUAAUUAA